AUGCAGAAUUGGCUUGUAAUUUAAAUUUUGACCACAGAAAUGUGACGCAAUGAGAUUGUAUAAGACCCCAUGCUGAUGUAUUUUAACUAGUUUUGACCUUGCAAUAAGGGCCUGGGAACCACACAUCAGGAGCUGGGGAUAAGGAACCAGCUUAUCCUCCUGCUUCGCGGCGCCCUCGGCCAGAAGAGGGGCCAGCAGCCCCCCAGCAAAGCACCCCGAAGCCGGGCGCGGCGGCGGGAGGCAAGGAGCCGGGCGGAUAUGUAGCGGUUCACGGCUGGGUUACGGUCCCGGAGCCGCUGAAAAGGCCCGGGAGAGCAGGCGCAUUGGGAGCGUGACUAGCACCCGCGUCCUCUGAUUACUGCCGGCAGGUCAGAUGGGCUCUGGCCGCCGGGCACAGGGGCCGCCGGGGACAAUGGCCGCUCAGAGGAGCCUGCCCAGCUGACAGCCCCGAGGACGUCACCUGCCGAGCGCGGGAAAUAGCCGUGGAGAGGCAGCGGGGAUAAAUAGAGGCCGGCAACCCCAGGCGCUACCCGGCGCCUCCCCGCGGCCAGCCCCGCAGCAUGGCGUGCCCGGCGGCCGGCGAGGAGCUGCCGCGCCCCUGCUGCUGCAAUGGCUACAGCGAGCUGCCGUCGGCCGAGGCGCGCCGGGCCCUGGUGCAGUACGGCCCGGAGAAGCGCGGCCGGGAGGGCGGCGAGCUGCCGGCCUUGGAGGACGCCUACCUGAGCAUCCUGCAGCGCCUGGGCGAGAACCCUGCCAGGCAGGGGCUGCUCCUGACGCCCAGGAGGGCUGCCAAAGCCAUGCAGUUCCUCACGAAAGGCUACCAAGAAACCAUCGAGGAUAUACUCAAUGAUGCAAUCUUUGAUGAAGAUCAUAAUGAAAUGGUUAUCAUUAAGGAUAUUGAUAUGUUUUCCCUUUGUGAGCACCACUUGGUACCCUUCUUUGGCAAGGUACAUAUUGGAUAUUUACCUAUAAAGAAAGUGGUUGGACUAAGCAAGCUUGCAAGAAUUGUUGAAAUCUUUAGUCGAAGACUGCAAGUUCAAGAGAGGCUUACCAGACAGAUCGCUCUGGCAAUUACUGAGGCUCUGAAACCUGCCGGGGUGGCUGUGAUUGUAGAAGCGUCGCACAUGUGCAUGGUUAUGCGAGGGGUUCAGAAAAUGAACAGUAAGACUAUCACCAGCACCAUGCUCGGAGUCUUGCGAGAAGAUCCAAAAGCCAGAGAAGAAUUUCUUACGCUGAUCAAGAAUUAAAUGGAAACGGCUUCCCACUCACUGGUUGUUGGCUCUAACAGUAAAACCAAUUGCCAGAAAUUAAUUACCAUGUGUGAUGCAGGACUGUCUGUAGCGUCUGUGUAUUAGAAAUAGCUGUGUGACAGCUUGGUUCUCACUAAUGCCUCGUAAUGUCAUAAAAUAUUUGGUAGAGAAUGAAUAUGCCUCAAUCAGAAUUACUGAACUGAAAAGAGAUUAGCUGUUUCCCAAUGCUAACCAUAGAGUGCUAUGAAAACAUGUUGCUAGAUGGGAGCUAAAACAAGCCACCCCUUCUCCCCCUCCCCCCCCCCCCCAAAAAAAAAACAACAACAAAAAACAAGCAGCCACAGGAAGGUGAAAUUAAGCACAAAAUCCUGUGGCCUUUAUCACUCAAUCUUCAGCCCCUUUGUGCUCCUUGUAUUAGACAAAGGGGUCAGAAACCCAACAGAUCUCCCCAACUGGAGAUUCAUCUGGUGUAAGGGGAUGUCUAGGAGGCAUAAAACUGUUGAAUCUUAUCCUACACCAUCCUCUUCUGGCCCCCAGGGUAGGGGGCAUGAGAGAAAAAUUGCAGGAUGGGAAGGGGCAUGACCACUGUGCUCCACCAAUUCCUAUCUGGUGAAUGGUCUUUGGGGGCCAUAGCCAGCUGGGUGUAGCAUGGAGUAGUAGAGCUCAAGGCCAGGCUGAUUCCCCACAGCCACCAUUAGGAAUAUGAAUGGGAGUCCCCAUGGAUGUGCCUGGAGGUGACAGUGUGGAAAAUGGCACUUCUCUAGCUCUGCCUCUUUCCUGCCCAGCUAAGCUCCCCUGAGCUGAACCAGUCUCCCAGAAGGCCUAGGUUUGUCAUUGCCACACAAUAGUGCUUCAUUAGAUCUUAGUGACCCAUUAGUGCUCCAGCAGAUUUUUUCAAUAUAUGCAUAAUAUCCCAACACCUCUCACCCAUCACAAAGAUCUGUUUAUGGCUAAGUCCCAGUCCAGCUCACUCUUAACCUUGCUUUGAUCCCUUCUGAAGAAAAAGCAGGAGAUGAUAUGGCACUAGGAUUGUUCUUUAAGGUCAUGAUACAAAUUUUUGAUACCAUAAUCUGAGUCCAGAAUUGUCUCUGGGAUUGAGUAGUUUUUCAGAUCCCCAUGCAUAGAUAAAAGAUCAGCUCUUUUUUUAAACUGCAAUGUAUGUAUAAUGUUGGAGAGCUGAAUUCUUAUAAAGGCUUGUUAUUAACCCUCCAACAGAACUGACAUUUGUUUUGAUAGUAAGCCUCAGCAUUACUAAACCAGUCAGAACAAAGAUGUAGCUAUGGAAUUUCCUCCUGGAGAUCAUAAAUAUAGAACACUAGAGGGCCAUAUUCUGCUAUCCUUACAGUGCAGUUAGUCCCUUUCAUUUCAAUGAGACAACUCGUGGAGUGAGGCAUUGCUACUCAACCUGAGUAGAGUUAGCAGAGUAUGGCCAUAACAGAGUUUCAAAUAAAGGUUUGUUUUCUUUAAAUGCUUUGUCCCCUAUCUGACUGAUGCUUGAUUUUUAAUAUCUACUCCUCAGUGUUAGAACAAUAUCAUUUUACAGACACUUAAGACCCUUCGUUUUCAGUUUAAGCUGAUUUUUACCAAAAAAAUCCUGGGUUUUACAAAAAGUAUUGGUUUUCUGGUUUUCACCCUACUUUUGUAUCAUUUGAAUUUUAUAUUAUAUAUGAGUAUAUAUAAAAUAAAUAAAACAACCUGGUUAUUAGGAAAAUACAUUUCAUGAGAUAUAUGUAUUACACACCGACUAAUGUAUUCUUGUAUGUGCAAAGCUGCCUGUUGAAGUAAGGCUCUGUAUUAGUUUAAAAGAUACACACAAACAAACAGGCAUGCACGCAAGCUCUGAAGCACAUGUGUAUGUGAACAUACUGAUGAAUCUCAUGGCAUAAA